UAUUAAAUGCAUUGCUGUUUGUGAUUCAUAUUGCUUGCCAGAAGCUCGUCCUUGGAUGGCCUGCUGGGCGGGAGAGCACGCCUGUGUAACAUGUCUUGAUAAAAAGAGGAACGGAAUGUUCCAGUAAGAUAGCCACAUACUGUUGUAUAGUCAUUUUUCUGAGAAGAGCGAAAAUACGCCGCCCUGUUGUGUGGGCACCAGUGACUAUAAAUGCACGAAUAAAGAGUCUGCGGUUUGGGAUUUUCCCUUAACAAUCAUUGUCCGCACCCUGAACUUUUGGAAAGGAUGAAAAGAAAAUCUAUACAGAGAGACACACAGCCAAAGGUGGAGGAGCGAGGACACUGGGGAAAUAAGGUCGAAUUUCUCCUUGCUGUGGCAGGAAAUAUUGUCGGCGUGGGGAACGUGUGGAGGUUUCCCUACCUCUGUUACAAAAAUGGAGGGGGUGCAUUCCUGGUGCCAUAUCUGGCAUUUGCUGUAACCUGUGGUGUACCUGUGUUCCUGCUGGAGACAACUAUAGGGCAGUUCACCCAGGAGGGUGGCAUUACCUGCUGGAGGAAGCUUUGCCCACUAGCAGAAGGGAUUGGCUUUGGUGGACAGCUAAUCCUCUUCUAUAACUGUAUGACCUACAUCAUUAUUCUGUCCUGGGCUUUGCUCUACCUCGUGUUCUCCUUCAGCUCUCAGCUUCCUUGGGCCUCCUGCAACAACUACUGGAACACAGAGGGCUGUGUAGACUUUUCAACACAAAAUAACACCGUCCACUGGACCAACCAGACAAACUCGACCUCUGCAGCCACCGAAUUUUGGGAACGACGAGUGCUGAUGAUCUCAGGGGGCAUUGAGGAAAUAGGCAGCAUCCAGUGGGAGGUGCUGUUGUGCCUCAGUGCUAUGUGGAUCGUCUGCUACUUUUGUAUCUGGAAAGGAGUCAGAUCUACAGGAAAGGUGGUAUAUGUCACAGCUACCUUCCCCUAUGUGAUGUUGUUAAUUCUGCUGAUUCGUGGCCUCUCUCUUCCCGGAGCAUUAGAAGGAGUGAUGUUUUAUCUUCUGCCUGAACCCUCACGACUAAUGGACCCUCAGGUGUGGAUGGAGGCUGUGAGUCAGAUCUUCUUCUCCUACAGUAUCGGUUUGGGUUCCCUAACUGUGCUGGGAAGCUACAACAAAUACAACAACAACUGCUAUAAAGAUUCUCUGAUGCUGUGUUUGCUGAACAGUGGUACCAGUGUUGUAGCUGGUUUUGCUGUCUUCUCAGUGCUGGGAUUCAUGGCUCAUGAGCAAGGCGUUCCCAUUGCAGAAGUGGCCGAGUCAGGUCCAGGCCUGGCGUUCAUUGCAUACCCUCAGGCUGUAGCCAUGAUGCCCCUGCCUCAACUGUGGUCCAUCUGUUUCUUUGUUAUGCUCAUUCUCUUGGGUCUGGAUUCACAAUUUGUUAACAUGGAGGUGUUGAUGACGUCCUUCAUCGAUGUGUUUCCCAAAGUGUUGCGCAGGGCCGGCCGAAGGGAGAUUUUUCUCCUUCUCUUCUGCCUAAUAUGCUUCUUCUCUCAGCUUGUCAUGGUUACUGAGGGAGGGAUGUUUGUGUUCCAGUUGUUUGACUACUAUGCUUGUAAUGGAGCCUGCCUCCUCUUCCUAUGUGUGUUUGAAACUCUGGCACUCGGUUGGAUAUUUGGGGUAGAUAAGUUGUAUGACAUUAUAAAGGACAUGACAGGAACACGAGCCAAUUACUUCUUUAAACUCUGCUGGCUCUACCUCACACCACUGGUCUCACUGGGCUCUUUUAUAUGUUCUUUAAUCGAGUACCAGCCUCUGACCUUUAAUCGGUGGUACGUCUACCCAUCCUGGGCAUAUGUGCUGGGGUGGAUACUGGCUCUCUCCUCCAUCCUGCUUGUUCCAGGAUGGGCCCUGUAUAAGCUGGGCACUGGGACUGGGACUCUAAGUCAGCGUUUCCAUCAUCUGUGCCAGCCUAAUCUUGAAAAUUUAGAGAACCAAAAGAGGGAAACUGAGCUAGAGACCAUCAGAGAACUUCUGCAGUAGUUCACACUCAACUGAUACAAAAGGUCAUCUGAUACCAAAGUCUUUGUAACACCUACGAUUUGGAGCCGAAUGUAAUGUCACUUUCUUUAUUUUCCUUUACAUUUUUCCACUUCUGUACCCAUUUGAGCUGCAUCAUAGUGAUUCUGGAUACUGAAGCUGCAAAGAAAAAUAUCACUUCAUUUGUACAUUCAUUCUUUCUUCAUUACUUUGCAAAAAUAUAAAAAAUAAUGAGGCCUUGGUUAGCAUGUUCAAUUUUAAAGUUAAAGGCAGCUCAGUUACUAAAACAGUGAACAAG